UCCAGCUAAUGGAACAGUCCACAUAAACAUACAAUAUGGCGGCCGGUGCGACGAUAAAUUCCCUCGCCGAUGAAACCGUCGAACAGGUUCUUCGCUCGGCCGUCUUGGACUUCCAAGACGUCUUAAACUUCGGUUACACGUGCAGUAGGUUCAACGCUGUCGCAAGAACUGGUGAGAUUUGGAGGCUCAAGUUGUUUAAAAGAUGGCCCUCGCUGAAAAUGCGGUACAGCCCGAAGAAGCAGUACAACUGGCCAAUGGAGUUCGAGAACCGGUUCAAGUGCGGACGGCUGGUGCGAGAGCUCCUGGUCACGUUCUCGCCGCAGUUCUACCACAAGGACGAGGUUCCGUCCGAGGCAUUCCGACCGUUCUCCGAGCUGGCGGGACGGAAUGAGUGCAUGAUGCGCAGCGUGCUCAAUGAACUGAUGGUUCUUCUACACGAUAAACAACGGAAACACUCAGACCUGACCCUGAAAUACUACGGAGAGAAGGUCUUGAGGUACAUGCAGCACCAGCACCUGAAGGGGGAGUGGCAGCAGGUGCUGGAACAGCCUGCAGAGCAGCAGAGCUUGUUGGAAGGAGCGGUACUUUUUGCACAGUGGAACAACCCCUCUGAAGACAUGACAGUACAGGCUGUGGUACAGGAGAUAGACAAGAUAGUGGACAGGGUGCGAGCAGACAUCUCUACCAGGAACCCCGACCAUGCUGCUAUCAGGGACAACAGGAACCAGGCGCCCCCUGUGCUCUCUAGAAAUGAGUGCAGGCAGGUGCUGGAGGGGAUCAACCAUGUUCUCUACAACCAGAUGAACUUCAGAGGCAACAUUGAGGAAUACUACGAUGCCAAGAACUCCUUUCUACCUUAUGUGUUGGAGAGAAAGGCGGGUAUACCCAUCACCAUGGCGAUCCUGUACGCAGAGAUCGCCAAGUGUCUGGGCGUUUACUUGGAACCCGUCAACUUCCCUAACCACUUCCUGUUGAGAUGGCACGAUCAACCUGACGGGGACUCCCCAGAUGACUACAUGUACAUUGAUGCGUUUGGUAAGGGCAGGUUCCUGAACAGAAGGGAGUGUGCCAACCUCAUCGACAUUCACGGGGUCAACUGGAUGCCGGACUCCUGCUAUGAGGCUGUGUCAUCAAAAACUGUAUUUACCAGGAUGGUCAACAACCUCCUCAGUAUUGGGAGAAGACAGGCUCAAAUGGGAGACAGUUCUUUGGUGUGCCUGAGGAGUAACCUUGACCUUGCCCUCCUGCUGAACCCCGGUGACAUUGAGAACGCCCUUCUCCAGGCCAGGGUCUACCUCCACCUCAACAUCAACCUUUCUGAGGUGAUGGAGAACCUGCAGCAGCUGCUAGAGAGGCCAGAGGCCGAGGAACUGUCCAGUCAGAUCGGUCACAUGAUGGUCAAGGCAACGCAGCAGCAGCUGAUCAAGGAUGACCCUCCAAAGGUUGAGCAAAAACGGAGGGACGACAAGAAGAACUUCAACACGGAGGGGGUGAUCUACUCUGUGGGCAUGAUCAUGAGACAUAGAAGGUACAGUUACAACUGUGUGAUCUAUGGCUGGGACCCCCAGUGUGAGAUGAGUGAAGAGUGGAUGAUACAGAUGGGUGUUCACAGUCUCUCUAUGGGACCCAACCAGCCCUUCUUUAACGUACUGGUGGCCGAUGGCUCCAACAGAUACGCAGCACGAGAGAAUCUGGAGCACCACCAACAUCCGUGUGAGAUCACCCACCCAGAAAUCGGUCGCUACUUCCAGCAGUUCACGGGAAACUAUUAUGUACCAAACGACGAGCUCAAGAAGAGAUAUCCGCAAGAUGAGGAAAUGACUUGCGAGCACUUUGCCUCCCCAGAAACACCUUAGUUGACCACUGCAUGAUCCAUGUAUUUGUUAUAAUCACUGUGUUACAAAAAGUGAUUUUUAAGAUCAUUUUCUUUCAACAUAUUUUCGUUUUUCAUCGGCAAAAGCAAAAUUGAUGGAUUUUGGACUUGUCUCGAAGUUCUAUGUCGAUAGAAAUGCAGAACUCAUAUUGUCUUUUACAUUCAAGUAAGACAGGUAUGUUAAGAAAGGGUGGAAUAAGCUUGGCCAACUACAGUAUGAUGUACAAUCAAAGCUGGUCUCAGUAACCCAAAUCAUACAGGACUGAGUCUGAGCAAAAAUGGUUGCUGAGGACGUCAGGUGGUUGCACCAUACAAGUUGGUUGGUUGGCCUGGAUGAUUGAAAAAAUGUACUGUACAUUACCUGUCUGUGUUGGCUUUAAUUACUUUACAGUCACAAUGUACUUUACAUAUAUAUAUGGGGGUGACAGUAAUUAUGAAGGCUAGCUGGAAAGAAAGGCACGAUCUACACACAGUUUUUCCCGAUAUCGGCGAGCCUACAACCUCCCGCCGACAGCUUUUUUUCAUCGUCUAGAUAGAACUACUAUAUCGCCAUUACGAUAUCGGGAAAAUUUCUCCCGAAAGGUCCGGACCAUUCGUACGAUACC